ACCUAAAAAAAUUUCUUACGUCAUGAUUUGAAAUGCGCACGUGCAUAAAAGAAUUGCAAAAUAAAUGUAAAAAUGUACGUAAGAAAAUACCGGUGUUUAAAUUAUUUGCAAAUUAAAUGUUCGAGAACAAUUUACUGACAAAAAUAGAAGAGAUUUUGAAGAGUAUUUUUCCGAAUUAUAGUUGUAAUCGGUUUGAUCGUUUUGUUAUUGUCCCUUGUCCCGCAGAACUUAAAAGCAGGGUCCAGAUUUUGGAGGUUAUGUUUACAACGUUUAUCGCAAUAGACAAUAGAAACUGAGAAGAGAACAGAAAUUUUAAAAUUAACAGGUGAAACUCUUUAAAUUAUGGCAAAAUAUAUAGUACAAAUUAUUGUUCUUGGAACUCAAGUGGUUGCAAAGGCCUUUGCGAGAGCUCUUCGUCAGGAAAUUGCCGCAAGUCAGGAAGCUGCUCGUAGAGCUGGCGGUGGAGAACGAGGAGCACAACAUGCAGCCGCUAAUGCAAAAUCGGGAAUUUCUCUAGAAGAAGCUCUAAAAAUUCUCAAUGUCGAAAAACCAAAUGAAGCAGAACAAAUAGAUAAGCAUUACAAAUAUCUUAUGGAAGCAAACGAUAGAUCGAAGGGCGGCUCAUUUUAUCUACAAUCCAAAGUUGUUAGAGCUAAAGAACGAAUAGACGACGAACUCGAGAAUUUAAGUUCCCAAAAACAAAAAAAAACCUUCACGAGAAGUGAAAGAACAUAAUAUUUCAAUUGUUAACUUUUAAUAGCCACGUUGUAUAUAAAUUUACGAUUAAUUUCGAUUUUAUUGAUAAAUAAAAAGUCUAAGUUAAUCUUAGAAUAUCCAUUCUUUUUUACAUGUAUUUCCACUUUUUUUUUGAAUUGGAAAAUUAUGUAUUACAACUGAAAAUAGAAAUCAAUUUUACGAUGAAUUUAAUUAAUUUAAAUAACCAAAAUUUCAUAGUAAAAUAUCAAUUUAUUAGUUUAUACAAAGAUAAAUUUGCAAUUUCACCUGUGAAACAUAUUUCGCGAAUUUCCCCUAAAAAACAAGGCUUACAAUAAUUAAGAAUGAAUUAAACACAAAUUAACAUUUCACU